ACUCCUCCAGUUCCGAAUCUAGAGCUUGCCAACUUUUUGAAGACCCUCAAAGUAGAGAAGAUGACCGAACAUGAGAAUCCAGCCUAUAGAGAAACAGAUGACGAUAGCAUGUCUUGCGAUGAAGAUAACUGUCGUCGUAUCAGAGAAUGUAAGAUCGGUGUGAUGGGUGCAUCCGGGGUGGGCAAGACCAGCUUGAAUAGUGAUGAAUGCAUUCGAACUUCUCAAGGAUUUGUCAUUAUGUACUCUAUAACUGAUCGGGAAUCGUUCUAUGAAGCUGCUGAUAUCUACACAUUGAUUGAGCAAGUCAGAGGCGGAAAGGUAAAUAAUCAUACUUCUGGCAGUUACUUCUAA